AUCUGAUGCCACACUCGGACACUUUGAACCAUGCACAUGAAUGGGCACACACAGACACACUCCCUUUUCCGAGUGUUAUCACUGACGUGGUAAACCUUGGACAGGGGAAUCCUAAAUGAUCUGCUGGAGGGCUAUAAAUGUGUCUGACUGAGCAGAAGUUGAACUGAGCCAUUAUGAACAACAGCAGAAUCUGAGACACAUCACCUGGACAUGUAUGUUUUACUGACUGUUCUCCUUCAAGAAAAGUGCUUCUGUUCAAGUUUUAGAUUUUUUUUAUUUGAGGUCUGAAAGUAAAAACCUAGAGAGGGAACACGCUUCAGACCAUAGAGAAGGCACGUAUUGACCACAAAGGCAGGUGGGCUCAGCAAAACACACGUGGCAGAAGGUGUUCAGAAGAGUUUGGACAGCAUUUGAGAAGCCAACACAGGCAACCAAACUAAAUCUCAGACAAUGGCACCACGACCAAAGCACGAAGAUGAAUCUGAGGGGAAGCCAACAGAAACACUUGAUGUUCCCAGGAGGAAGUCUCUCUCCAUGGCCCCUGCUGUCUCCACAGCGGCUCUAAUUGAGGAUGAUCCCUGGGACAUGCCUGAAUUGCAGGACACAGGAGUUAAAUGGGCAGAUCUGGACACUAAAGGGAAGAUCUUGAGAGUUUUAACUAUAGCAGCAAAGCUGAUUCUGCUGCUUGGUUUUCUCUACAUGUUUGUUUGCUCACUGGACAUCCUCAGCUCAGCUUUCCAGCUUGUUGGAGGUAAAGCAGCAGGGGACAUUUUCCAGGAGAAUUCAGUGCUAUCGAACCCUUUGGCAGGCCUGGUUAUCGGGAUGCUGGUAACGCUCCUAGUCCAGAGCUCCAGUACUUCCUCAUCUAUUGUGGUCAGCAUGGUCUCCUCUGGUUUGCUGGAGGUCUCAACUGCUGUUCCUAUUAUUAUGGGGACUAACAUCGGCACGUCAGUGACAAAUACUUUUGUAGCCAUGACACAAGUUGGCGACAGGAACAAGUUCCGCAGGGCAUUUGCGGGAGCCACCGUGCAUGAUUUCUUUAACUGGCUUUCUGUCCUGGUGCUUUUGCCACUGGAAGUAGCCACAGGUUACCUGGUGAAGCUCACAGAUCUCAUAGUCAAAUCAUUUAAUAUCCAGAGUGGAGAAAAUGCACCAGCCCUUCUGAAUGUUAUCACUGACCCACUCACCGAAUCUAUCAUUGAGCUGGAUGAGUCUGUGAUAAGCGGCAUUGCACUUGGAGACCCUGAAGCCAAAAACAAAUCUCUCAUCAAGGUCUGGUGCCAGACAUUCUCAAACACGACUGUCCAGAAUGUGACAAUGUCAAACUGCAGCAACUUCCCUUGUUGGGAAUUGAAGAAUGUUACAGAAGUUAUUAACAUCAAAAAAUGUGAGUUUAAAACGACACCCGGUUUCAUAGAUACUGAUAAUCCAACAAUAAUUAUGCUAAUAGAGACUAAACAAGCUGUGGUCUCUCUCUCUAUUCUAGGCAAUCACAUCUUUGUGAGCACAAACCUUUCUGACCUGGCGGUGGGUCUGAUUCUACUGGCUUGUUCUCUGCUCAUCCUGUGCACUUGCCUCAUUUUAAUUGUGAAAUUGCUCAACUCGAUGCUCAAGGGCCAGGUUGCUGUUGUCAUCAACAAGAUAAUGAACACUGAUUUUCCAUUUCCAUUUGCAUGGCUGACUGGAUACAUUGCGAUUGUGGUUGGAGCAGGAAUGACAUUUAUUGUCCAGAGCAGUUCUGUCUUUACCUCGGCUAUAACUCCUCUUGUUGGUAUUGGUGUUAUAAAACUUGAGAGGGCAUAUCCUCUUUCCCUUGGAUCCAAUAUUGGAACAACUACUACUGCAAUAUUAGCUGCCAUGGCUAGUCCAGCAGAAAAGCUUGGAAAUUCAUUACAGAUCGCCUUGGUUCAUCUCUUCUUCAACCUCUCUGGGAUUGUGCUGUGGUACCCAAUCCCUUUCACACGUCUUCCCAUUCGAAUGGCAAAGGCUCUUGGUCUACUAACAGCUCAAUACCGUUGGUUUUCGGGCUUGUACAUCAUCGUCUGCUUCUUCAUUUUCCCUCUAGUGGUCUUUGGCCUGUCUUUGGCGGGCUGGCAGGUACUUGUGGGAGUUCUUGUUCCCAUAGUGGCCAUUCUGAUCUUGGUUAUCAUUGUUAACCUUCUACAGAAGCACAAACCCCAGUGGCUUCCUUCUGUUCUUCGUUCUUGGGACUUUCUUCCUCAAUGGGCUCACUCUCUGGAACCAUGGGAUAGAGUAGUUACCAUAAUGGCUGCUCGCUGCUGCUGUUGCUGCAAGUGCUGCAAUGUCACGGAAGAAGUCAAAGAGACAGGAACACAAGAAAAUAAAGAUAAUGUAAUUGAAAUGUUUGACAAUCCGACAAAGAACGCUGAGAUCAAGGAGGCCAAGAAAACAUCAGACAGUUGUGAAAUCCUGAAGGCAACCUCUUUUUAGAGAUAAACGGAGAAUUAUAGGUUAUUACCGGACAUAUCCAACUCAAACUGGUUUAACACCUGGAGUUGACAGGUUAUCAGUGGACUUUAGAGCAAGAGGAAACAAAUAUAUAAUUAUUAUUAUUAUUUUUAAAAGACUUACAUUUAUUUUGCUUUGUAUAUUGAAAUUUUUAUACAGAGAUGCUAUUUUGUACAGGAUAUUUUCAAUGUUAUUGUUAAAUAUGCAAUCUUAUGUUACAUAUUAUGAGAUUUUAUGAUUGUUCUUUUAUUUGCAUCAAUGUGAAAAAUACUUUUAUUUUUAAUACCUCUAUGUGGAAAUAAAUGCAAGCUAAUACACAAAGUCUAACAUAAAAUGUUUUAAAUCUGAUUUCAGCUCUGAUCUGCACAUUAUCCUCUGUUUUACUGUUUCCAUUUUAUUUAUGUAAGCUUUAUUUAACACGGGCCUUUAUAUGCUGUAAAAUAUUGCGAUGAUUUUACAAUAUUAAACAGUUAUUUCUUGCAAUAAAUUGCCUGAUGCUUUCAGAAUUUUAACAGGGUAAA